UAUUAUAUCCUGCAGGUCUCUGGAGGUGCACAUGAGGAAUCAGGCUUUCCGAACCUUUUUUCGUCUUCCUUGCAAUGAAAAUCUGUGUGAAGUGCACGAGUGUUUACUCUGGCUGCCGUUCAGCCACAUACACACACUUGGGAAGAUCUGUGUGUCUGAGAGAUAUGCAUGCUUCUCUAGCCAAGAUGGAAACCAGUGUACUGUCAUUAUACCACUGUGUGAGGUUGUGAGCGUGGAGGUCCUGAAUCGCAGCAGUCGUUCACUGAGUGUGUGUGUACGUGGUAAACGAGCUUUCCGUUUCUCGGAGGUUCGUGAAUUGGACAAUUUGGCCUCCACCAUUCGCAAGUGUGUGACAUCAUCAAGUCCUCAACAUUCCCAUAGUGCUCAGCUCUCUCUGUGUGAUGAUGAGGAGGAGAUGAUGGUGGGUCAGGUUCCAGUCCCGGUUUCAGCCGUCAGCACUGAGGCUCUGAUGAAUGUUUUCCAUCCACAUGAUGUUGAAAAUCUUGACCCAAAAAUGCUGAAGGAGCGAAUGAAGGAGCAGUCGUGGCAGAUCCAUUUUGCAGAGUAUGGCAGAGGAAGUGCCAUGUUCCGCACCAGGAAAACGAGAGAGCUCGUCACCCGCGGACUUCCAGAGACACUGCGUGGAGAACUGUGGAUGCUCUUCUCAGGUGCAGUUAACGAAAUGGCCACACACCCUGGGUAUUAUGCGUCUCUGGUGGAUGAAAGUGUGUGUGUUAGCAGUUCGAUAGCGUGUGAUGAGAUUGAGCGUGACCUGCACCGGUCGCUCCCUGAACACCCGGCUUUCCAGAGUGACCGUGGGAUAUCGGCACUGCGCAGGGUGCUAACAGCAUAUGCUAAUCACAACCCUGCUAUCGGCUACUGUCAGGCCAUGAAUAUCUUGGCAUCUGUGUUGCUGCUGUAUGCGAGUGAGGAGGAGGCCUUCUGGCUGCUAGUGUCUGUGUGUGAGAGGAUGCUGCCAGAUUACUUCAACCGUAGAAUUAUCGGUGCCCUGGUGGACCAGGCAGUGUUUGAGGAGAUGAUGCGUGAUCACUUGUCCCAGCUGACGGAUCACAUGACCGAACUGUCCUUCCUCUCGUCACUGUCGUUGUCAUGGUUUCUGACCCUCUUCAUCAGUGUGUUACCGAUCGAGAGCUCGGUCAGCGUGCUCGACUGUUUCUUCCACGAUGGGAUCCGAUUCAUCCUCCAGCUCGCCCUCACUGUCAUACACCACAACAUGUCCCACCUCCUCCGCUGCCAUGACGACGCUGAGGCUGUCACUGCACUCAACAGGUUUUUUGAUGGUGUGGUGAAUAAGGACAGCCCACUUCCAGCUUCUGUACAGCAGGCCACUGCAGCGACCAAUCACAGCGCAGAUCUGGAUACUGUCGACAUCAGCGACAUCAUCAGAGAGGCCUACGAGAGAUUCAGUGAUAUUACCUGGGAGGAUGUGGAGAACAUGCGCAAGCGCAACAAACUGUAUGUCAUUCACACACUUGAAGAGACGACAAAACAAAAUGUUUUGCGAGUUGUUGCUCAGGAUGUGAAGUUUGACAUCUGUCAGCUGGAGGAGCUGUACUUCCUGUUUAAGAGGCAGCACUUCCUCAGCUGUUACUGGUCAGUGUGCAGUCCGUCACUGCAGAACCAUGACCCGAGUCUGCCGUAUCUUGAUCAGUACCAACUGGACCUGGACCAGUUCAGCUCACUCUUCAACUUGCUGUUACCAUGGAAACAUGCACAUAAACACACUCUGGUGCACUCAGCCUUUCGGCUUGCCGACGACAACAGAGACGGACUCGUCAACUUUAAGGAAUUCAUAUGCUUGCUGGACAUCCUCUACAAUGGCUCGUUUACAGAAAAGCUGAAGUUUCUCUUUAAGCUUCAUCUCCCUCAAGAUGCUCCUGUCUGUAAGGCUUUAAGGUCUCAUGUCCCUCCUGUCCCUGCUGAAGGUCUCUCUCUCUCUACUCGUCUUUCUGAACAUGCUGAUGAUGGAGUGAUAAGGAAAAGUCCAGAAAGAGCUCGUGGUAAAGUGGAUCUGCAGGAGUACCUGAAACAGUGGCAGGAUGAGUUACAAAAGAAAGAGGAGAACAUCAAAGACCUACCUCGAAUUAAACAGACAGAGUUUGUCCUCCUGUCUAAGACUCUGUACAACAUUUUCCAUGGCGAUGAGGAGGAGGAGCUUCUGUAUCGUGCUGUUGCUCGCGUAACCAGCUUGUUGCUCCGAAUGGAGGAGGCAGGGAGAAAACUGCAGAACAGCCCAUCGAGACCCGCACCACAGGCCACACCCCAAGCACCACAGGCCACACCCCAAGCACCACAGGCCACACCCCAAGCACCACAGGCCACACCCCAAGCACCACAGGCCACACCCCAAGCACCACAGGCCACACCCCAAGCACCACAGGCCACACCCCAAGCACCACAGGCCGCAACCCAAGCACCACAGGCCACACCCCAAGCACCACAGGCCGCAACCCAAGCACCACAGGCCACAUCCGUAACACAACAAGCAGGCAACACUUCCGCUCAGACACCCCCCCUGUCCACUGAUCAUUCCCCUUCUCAUGAUUCAGGCUCCGCCUCCUCAGCUACAAGCAGCCCUACAGGGACAGGCAGCUCAGCUAAGACCACACCCCCAGACACGCCCUCUCCUCCAGAUGGGGACAGUGAUUGGAGUUUUUCAUUCGAACAGAUUCUUGCCUCAUUACUGAACGAACCCUGUGUUGUCAGCUUCUUUGAAAGGAUCACAGACAUACACACAGUCAUCAUGUACGCACACACACACCAGCUCACAUGUGCACUCUGAAUACACACAAACACACACACACACACACCAGCUCACAUGUGCACUCUGAAUACACACAAACACACACG